GUAUGGAUUAAGUCAGACACUUGGAAUUGUACUUGCGUAUAGGAUUGUAGAAACUUUUCAAAGUUCAUUUUAUAGUUAAUUACAAAAAAAAUGAUGACACCUCAGUAUGGGAAUCAAGAAACAUAUAUACCCUCAUCAGGAUCACCUCUGAAUGGAGAUAAAGUUUCUUUUUAUUCACGUCUCACUUGUUUGUUUCUGGAUAGAACAACUCUUUACCCAAAGUCACGAUGGUUGGCUCUUUUGAUUUUAAUGGGCUUAUUUUCCCUACGUAUAUAUACAUAUCAAGGUUUUUAUAUAGUAACGUACGCUUUGGCUAUUUAUUUAUUAAAUCUUUUUUUGGGCUUUAUCACUCCACGAGUGGAUCCUGAAGAAGAAGAUUACAUUCUUCCUAUACGAGAAACGGAUGAAUUCCGUCCAUUUCAGCGUCAAGUCAAUGAAUUCAAAUUUUGGCUACAAGCUACAAAAGGCACAUUAUUAAGUCUUCUAGCUACUUGUUUUCCUAUUCUAGAUCUUCCCGUAUUUUGGCCAGUACUCGUUGUAUAUUUUUCUUUUUUGUUCAUAAUCACCAUGCGGCAACAAAUAAAGCAUAUGAUAAAGCAUAAAUAUGUUCCUUUCUCUUGGGGGAAACAGUCUUAUGGAGCUAUCACUCGACAGCGUAGUCCCAAAGCGAAAUUCGCGGGGAAAAGUUUUGCUGCAGGUUUCCCAUCAAUGCAAGCUAAAUCUGAAAAUCUUAUAUCGUAAAUUUUCAUAACGCAUGACGAGA